AUGAGAGCUCUGGCAUAUUUCAAGAAGGGUGACAUCCAUUUCACUAAUGACAUCCCUAAGCCCGAGAUUCAAACCGACGAUGAAGUUCUUAUUGAUGUCUCUUGGUGUGGGAUUUGUGGCUCGGAUCUUCACGAGUACUUGGAUGGCCCAAUCUUCAUGCCUAAGGAUGGUGAGUGUCAUGCUCUGUCCAACGCUGGUCUACCUCUAGCAAUGGGGCAUGAAAUGUCAGGAAUUGUCGCUGAAGUAGGUCCCAAGGUGACAAAGGUGAAGGUUGGCGACCAUGUGGUCGUCGAUGCCGCUAGCAGUUGUGCGGAUCUGCACUGCUGGCCACAAUCCAAGCAUUACAGCUCUAAGCCUUGCGAAGCUUGUAAGAAGGGCAGUGAAAACCUAUGCACACAUGGCGGUUUUAUUGGAUUAGGUGUUAUCAGCGGCGGUUUUGCUGAGCAAGUUGCUGUCUCUGAACACCACAUUAUCCCCGUUCCGAAGGAAAUCCCAUUGGAUGUGGCUGCUUUAGUUGAACCUCUUUCUGUCACCUGGCAUGCAGUCAAGAUAUCCGGCUUCAAAAAGGGUAGCUCAGCUCUGGUUCUUGGUGCAGGUCCUAUUGGGUUGUGUACCAUCUUGGUGCUAAAGGGAAUGGGGGCUGGUAAAAUCGUAGUGUCUGAAGUUGCAGAGAGAAGAAUAGAAAUGGCCAAGAAUCUAGGCGUCGAAGUCUUUAACCCCUCCAAGCACGGUCAAAAAUCCAUAGAAGUAUUACGUGGAUUGACCAAGAGCCAUGACGGGUUUGACUACAGUUAUGACUGCUCUGGUAUUCAAGUUACUUUUGAAACUUCCCUCAAAGCAUUGACCUUCAAGGGAACCGCCACCAACAUUGCUGUCUGGGGUCCAAAGCCUGUGCCAUUCCAACCAAUGGAUGUGACCCUGCAAGAGAAAAUCCUCACCGGUUCGAUCGGCUAUGUCGUCGAGGACUUUGAAGGAGUGGUUCAAGCAAUCCACAACGGAGACAUUACCUUGGAAGACUGUAAACAACUGAUCACAGGUAAGCAAAAGAUUGAGGAUGGUUGGGAAAAGGGUUUCCAAGAGUUGAUGGAUCAUAAGGAGUCCAACGUGAAGAUUCUAUUGACUCCCAACAAUCACGGUGAGAUGACGUAA